AAAUCCUAAAAUAAACUUUUGUGAUUUUAUAAUUAAAAAGUAUUUAGUUUGGUGGUUUUUAUGUGUUUUAUAUCGCAGUUAAGGUAAAUUAUGUCUUCACCACGCCCUAAAUCCCCACGCACCCCAGUUUUACCAAAGAAAGAGGAUAAAGAAGAGUCCUUUUGGGAUAAAAUCGGAACCAUAGGCAGGAAAAAACGUAUAAAGGAAGUUCAAGAAGUUCAAGCAGAGGGUAAAUAUGCUAUUGACUCUCCUGGAAGCCCCACCGCACCAGAAAUACCUCCCGAGGAGUAUAGCUUGAAUGAGAAUGAAGAGAGAGCCAUUAUUGAGCCGAGAUCUUUGGAGGAUCCUCGUGUCAAAGAGCUUAUCCAAGUUCUCAUAGAUUGGAUAAACGAUGAGCUGGCUACACAGAGGAUUAUCGUACAAGACAUAAGCGAAGAUCUAUAUGAUGGACAAGUACUGCAGAAACUGCUGGAGAAACUCACUGAGACCAAGCUUGACGUGCCAGAAGUGACACAGUCAGAAGAGGGACAGAGACAAAAACUGGAUGUGGUCCUCAGAGCUGUUAAUAGGGUGUUAUAUGGGACCUCAAAGUCGGUGCAGAAGUGGAGCGUCCACUCUGUACACUCGAAGAAUGUGGUAUCCAUCCUCCAUCUACUGGUGGCGCUCGCUCGUCACUUCCGAGCACCCAUCCGUCUGCCAGAGAAUGUUAGUGUCAAUGUGGUUGUCGUGAAGAAAGAUGCACCAAACCAGCUGUCUCACAGAACAUACAUUGAAGAUAUAACAACGACAUACGAUGACUUAGGUAUGAAGUGCGAGAGAGACGCAUUCGAUGCGUUGUUUGAUCACGCCCCGGACAAGCUGCAGGUGGUUAAAAAAUCCCUCAUCACGUUCGUGAACAAGCAUCUCAGCAAGGUAAAUCUCGAGGUGUUGGACCUGGACAGCCAGUUCCAUGAUGGCGUCUACCUGGUGCUGCUGAUGGGUCUGCUGGAGGGGUUCUUCGUGCCGCUCUACGAGUUCCACCUCACGCCGCAGGACUUUGACCAGAAAGUCCACAAUGUUUCCUUCGCCUUCGAGCUGAUGCAAGACGUUGGACUCGCGAAACCCAAAGCGAGGCCGGAGGAUAUCGUGAAUCUUGAUCUGAAAUCUACACUUCGAGUUCUCUACAACUUGUUCACAAAAUACAAGAACAUGGCCUAAGCCUAAGACAAAGUACAAAAUGUCGAAUCUAAUAAAUAAUAAUAAUGUAAUGUAUGUUUAAAAACUAAGAUUUAUAGAUGUAUUAACAAUUAUAGUAAUAGAUUUUAUAUUUAUUAACAAAUAUUCGCAUCGUGCCUUUACAUGUUUACAAAUUAUAUUACUAAUGUACUA